AUCUGAGUGAAAUUCGUGAAUUUGAUGAUGGCUUUGUUAUGUUUUAAUUAUAAGUUUUCGUAAAUUAUAAUCAAAUAAUGAUUAUGGUUUAAAUUUCAAAAUCUUCUUAAAAUAAUGCUCCAUCAACAUCAGAUCCAAUAAUAUAGAAUUUAGGAAGAGCAAGCGGAGAGUUUAUAAUGUGAAACAUUUGUAAUGACCUUGAGUACCUUGAGUAAGCAACAGCUGUCAAAUGAACUUUUAAUUUGGAUAAAUAAAGAUAGUGGAAAAUGGUUUAAAAACAAUUCUUAGUGUUUCAUCAUGAGAAACGUGGAGGCUCAUCUUCUAGAAGACAAGAUGGAUGAAGCAGUCACGCAUUAUAUGAAUUCCCACCAGCCUCCAGAGUCAGUCCAUGUGGACGCAAACUCUCUGGCUCUAAAUGCACAAGAGGAUGCAGGCGGGAGAGUGGUCACCCUCAUGCACCCGCAGAGCUUCUCCUCACAGAUGUGCAGACAAGUGUCUCUGGGGGAGCCAGUAGGGGAGGGCACCUGGGUGGAGGAGCUGCUGGACCAUGAGGGCAGGCUCGCUGCACUGGUGGCGCACCUGUCGCGCUCCUCGCACCACUCGCAUCCCGGACAUCAUAAGAUAUCAUCAGUCAGAGGCGACGUCGACGCGUCAGUUAUACUUGACACUCCUAUGAGGUUGUUCAAUGGACAACACUUGGACCAACACUCGGAGUCCAUUGUAGUGCAAGUUCCACCUCUGCCGUCCCUGCCCCCGCUGCAGGACAUGAAGAGGUGUCCCGACACUGACUGGUUCAACAAGGACAAAACUAGUUUGAAGGAUGAGAGUCAGAUUCUGUCAGAGCAAGACAGCCAGGUGCUGGAGAUGGCGGGCGCGUCGCCGGCGCAGAGCAAGCAGAACAGGAAGAGCUUGCCGCACAAGAAGAGGAUCUCCCGGAAGCUGAAGCGCACCAACGGCAGCUGUACGCCGCAGCAGGACAUAGUGGUGAUCAACUGCAGCGAGGAGGUGCCGCAGGAGGAGAUCCUGCCCGACAGCUUCGUGACAGGCGUGCCGCACCCAGACCACCUGCCCGCAGACGCGCACCACAUGGCGCAAGAGAUGCGCGCGCUGUUGAUCUGCCAGCUGUGCGGCGAGUUCUACGGCGACGAGCAGCUGAAGUUCUACCAGCACCUCAAGCAGCACUACGAGCCGCACGCCACCAUCAUCAUCGAGAACCCUGUGCCGGUGCCCGACCUCGGUAUCGAUAAGAUGACAAACACAUGUAUCGUAGACAAUGUAUCCAACCUUCCGGAUUCAAUCGUCGAACUCUCCCUCGAAAACACUGUACCAAAGACAAUGUACCAACCCAUAGACAAGCACAUCCUCUACACAUCGAGCGAGAAAACACUCAAUUACACUGGCAGCAAGGUCCAAUAUUCUGUGUCGAGUAUGGACAAAGAGGUACCAGAGAGUGACAAGGCAGAUAUGUAUGAGCCAUUGGACAAAUUGGAGAACAUGUAUUUCUGCACAAAAUGCAACAAAUCGUUUAGGAAGCAGAAGCAGUGUGAAGUACAUAUAAAAGAAGCGCAUUCCAAUACAAAGUUAGACGACAUGGGCGAGUUCAGCGAGCCUGAGGAUCUGAUGGAGGGCAUUCACGUAGCCGUGGACGAGAGCGGCGAGCCGUACGAGCAGACGCUGCUGCCGCACCUCACCGUGGAGAACGGCCACGUGCACCAGGAGCACGUGCGCACCUGGUAUCUCCGUAACGGCGGAAGCCCCGGCGCUGUUUCACCCUUAUGCGGCUGCGGCGGCGCGGGGUACUGUCCCGCCUGCACCCAUCCCUCCCCACCGCCCUUACAUCCCUCAAUACACCCCCCCAGUAUUGCUCCACAAAAUCAUCCUGCAAAUACGAGCCAAGCCACGCCCCCCCAGAGCUCCCACGUCUCUCAGACGAGUCAAACGCAGCCGAUCAUCCACACGACUAGUCCGCCGACCAGUCUAGUGAGCAGUCAUCAGACCAGUCACCAAACUAGUCACGUGGUGACACAUCAGCAGCAGCAGACCGGGAACGGUCAACGGCCGAUAGAAGCUAAAGAAGAAGCACUCCAGAGGAUAUUUGAGACUAACGAGGAACCAUCCGAGUCAUUCCCAGAAAACGAGAUCUUAGGGAUUCCCUCAGAGUUAGAUAUUAAGGAGGAAGCUGGCAAGGGCAAGUCGGAGAAGAAGAAGCCCAAGUCCUUCGAGUGUCCGCACUGCAGGAGAAUUUUCCAGCACAGAAACAGUUUGCUGUACCAUGUGUUGAUGCACAGCGAGAAACAGCAAGUGUGCCGCGAGUGUGGCAAGAGCUUUUACACUGCCAGUGCCUUGAAGAUCCACAAGCGCGUGCACAGCGACGACCGGCCGUGCAAGUGCGACGAGUGCGGGCGGGAGUUCCGUCAGUGGAGCGACCUCAAGUACCACAAGGCGUCCAUACAUUCCAAUAAGAAGAACUUCAAGUGCGAGUUCUGCGACAAGGAGUUCGCGCGGCGCUACUCGCUCAACGUGCACCGGCGCAUCCACACCGGCGAGCGCAACUACAAGUGCGACUACUGCAACAAGACCUUCCGCGCCUCCUCCUACCGCCUCAGCCACAUGCGCACGCACACGGGGAGCAAACCCUACAAAUGUACGCAGUGCGAAAAAUGUUUCCGCGUCGCGUACGACUUGCGGCGACACAUGCUCAUACAUGACAAAGUGCGCGUGCGGCUCGACGAACACAAAGGCAAGAUGAAAGACAUCAAAGACAAGAAACCCAACGUCGCCAUCAAGUUAGAACACAACCCCAAACUGGAACCGAAGUCACCUGAAAGUGAGGAAACCAAAACGGAGACAAAAUUACCCACACAAAAAAGUAUACUCGACAAGAAGCAAGCCAAAUCCAAAAAGAGCCCCAAGAAACCUCCAAACGUAACCGUACAAAACAAGGAAGGCCAUUUCAAAAUCAACAACGAAGUUUUCGACACGAGGCAAGAUCAAUACAUUCUUGGCGACUACAAACAUAAAGACACGGAAGAAAUAAUCCGGCUUCAAGAGAGAAAUGAAGAUCGAGAUAUAACUAAUUUGAGGUCUUUGAAAAGUCAGCAAAUUUGCGAAAUUGUUGACAGCGAUAGAUUAGUUUUUAAUAGAGAAAAUACUGAUGGGAAACUUCAAAUUUUCACACAAAUCGAGAAGAAUAAAGACUAUAGUGGCCCUAUUGUGGGUAAUUCGAUGUCCUUGAAUGAUAUCAGGAGUCUAGAGAGGGAGGUAGGGAGGGAGGUGAGGAGCGAUUUGCAGGGGGAGGGGAUAGAGACUGUGUUUUUCGAAAGGCUAUCAGCGUAUUGCAAUAACAUACCUGCUGUAUGAAAAAAGUAUUUGAAAAGGACUGGACAUCCAGCCAGUUAACGUUUGGACCAUUUAGUGAAAUUUUUGUUUGUUUUAGGUUUUUUUUUUAAAUCGUCAUCACAAUUAUGUGUUCAUAAGUGUCAAUUUCAGUGUGCUGGGUGUGCAUUGUCAGAGAAAGUCAAAGUAGAAAUUCAGAUCAAUCUUUGAACCUUUGUAUGGGAUUAUUAAAAAAUGUUUGGGACCAAAGUACAAACCAGUGGAAAUAAAAGUGGGAUUUUUUAAAAGAUGGUGUCUCUACCAUUUGAUUUAUUUUUCAAAAAUAUAUCAUCGGUAUCUGAAUGAUGUCUAUAGUUGCGAAGUUGGGUAUUUGGUCGCUUUGAAAUUGGCACUAAAGAUUAGUUGCUAGAAUAUUCUAUUUGUUACAUGAGCUUUUAAAAUUUUAACAUUAGUGCUGUUUGUUGUUAUAAUGAAGAAAAUAUCAAAUCAAAUCAAUUGGCGUAAAGGAGAUGGUUCAGGUCCAGUCUUGUAUCAUUAAAAUUAAAAAAAAAUAUAUAAAUUUUUAGAUCACUAUUUAGAUUUUAUAUAAAUCUAAAUAGUGAAUAAAUGUCACUAAAUACAAUAAUUGUAAUCCAAUUUUUUGAGUUAUAUCAAAAAAUUCAGAUGGCGUCCGCAUAGCAACUAUGACAUGACAAUUAACAGCAAACGUCAAAACGACUACUGCGUUGAAAACGUCAUCAAUCCGCCAUUAUUACCCAUAUUAAUUUUGCAUUUCUUAGGAGAUAAUGAAUAUUAUUUCAAAAGAAUUUUUCGCAAGGUAUAAUGACUGAUCCUGGACUCAAUACAUUUUUGGACCGUCUCCUUUGUACAUGGCAGAUUAUUUCUACUAACAAUCCUUAAUAUUGUAUUGUUUAUAUUAAAUUUUACAAAUAUUAAGGAUAAAAUUAUGAUUAAAAACUCCACAUGAGUAAUAUUAUUCACAUAUCGACAAAUCAACUUAACAUUUAUUUAUUUUGUUUACAUUUGUUACUUGAAUGUUUUCCCGAACGGUUUUUCAAUAUGCUACCUAAUGUAUCUGUGAUAGCGUUUACUUAUAUAAUAAAAUAAUUUUAGUAAGAAACAUUAUGUAUUAUGUAAAUUUAUACCUUUUGAGGCCAAAUACUUAUCAUAGCCUCGGGGAAACAUUGACCUUGAAGUUUCCGUACACAAUAAUAUUAUUGUGAAUAAAAUAGUUUAGGUGAUGGGUGAAUUGGUCAAGUCAUAUAUGACUUUAGGACACAUCACCAUACUUUAUUGAAAAUAUAUAAAAAUCUCGUGCCACACAGUGUUUGCUGCAUUCCGAAAAAGCUCGACCGAUUUUAAUGUUUUUUACGCCUUAAGAAAAGAUUUUUCAUAUAAGCAUAGCCCGGUAUGGAAAAAAAAUCUAUGAACGAAUGACAGCGUUACGUUUUUGUGCGCAACCUAUUCUGCGCACCUUUCACCGUGCGCUGCCCAUAAUAGCGUAAACAUGCAUGCGCACAUCGCAGCCUGCUGCUCCUCGGUUGCGCACCUUUCACUUUUCAGGCGUUAGUAUUGAGACGUACACAGUGUAAGCUGCGGGGCAACAUACACUAUUCACACAGUCGAUCUGAAAGAGUAAACUCCAUUCGUGCGUCGCAGCUGACAUAUUUUUUUCUUUUCUAUAUUUAUUAAGUGUGAAUAAGGUUAUAAAUUAUAUUUCACCGUAUCCUCAACAACCAUUUAUUUAUCGCGGUCUUAGUUAUUUUUGUAUGAAAGACAUCGUUUUCCGGCUCAGCUAAAGUGUUUUUCAGAUAGCAUAGGUACGGUGACAGUCGCCUGUAUGGCGUUCAUAAUACGUACUAUUAUCGUGAAUGGCGGCAAACUUUCAACGGUGAAACGAACUGUCACCGAACCCAUGCUAUCUGAAAAAUACAAUAUUAUUGUGUGUAUGGGGGCGACCAAAAUAUUAUAAUGUAAUUUUCGUUAAGUUGCACUCGAGGCUCUGUUUAUGAAUAGUUAUUUGGAAAUAAUAAUGUACUGUAUAUACAAUUAUAUAAAUAUAUGUAUACUAAUAGUUAAGAUCACACCUGAGCGUCCGUCUGCGGCUGCGGUGGCAUGUUACGUACGUUGAAUUUCCAAAAUGGCGGAUUUUUAUUUCAAUGGAGAUUUCCACAUUUCUAUAAAGCCCGUAUGGUCAGUGUCAGACUGAAAUAAAAGAACAUAAAAUAUACGAGUACAUUUCAUUAUCUAAAUCCACGAAUUAUUGAAUUUAUUUUGAAAUAUAUAUUAAAUAUUAAAAUAUAUAUUUACUAUAUUUUAUCCCCACCCACAGAAACGGGAACUACAUACGGGUCUUUUUUUAUAUUUUAAUGGUAUACAGUACAUACAUAGACCUGGCAUGAAAUUAACCAUUUUUCAAUUAGUUAUAAGUAGACCGUACUAUUGAAUAGUCUUCUAUCUAUUAGUAGUGACUACAUGAGUAGCACAUUCUACUAAAACAAAUUUCUGGGCAAACCAUAUACUUAAACUAGCGGACGGCCGCGAUUUCGUCCGACUUUAGACCUCUUUAUUCCAACCCUAUCGCAAAAUCCGUUCUUAGUGGGUUCCUAUUAACUAUAAACUUGGUUUGGUUUUCGAGAUUUCGUGAUGAAUGCCUGAACCUUUCGGAUUUAUAUAUUAAGAUUAUUGUGUUUUAUAUCAAAGUCUAAGUCAAAAUUCAUUUGUUUUGAGAAUUAGUUUAAAAGCACUUUCACUAAUUUACCUAUAGUAUAUAUUUAUUUAUUGUUUACCUAUAGUUAUUUCUGUGCAAUUUUUAGUAAAAGUUUAUCUCCUUUGCAGGCCACCGCGGCUGUGAGUACGACAAACUGUGUGCCUAGCGGGAGGUUUCAAUAUUUUCAUACUGUACUAUCGCGUUAAUGUAAACGCGAAUUUAUAUGGAAUUGAAACAGUUGUGCAGUAGUGCCACUAGAUGGCGCUGUUUCAAUUAAUUAGAAAUUCGCGUUUACGUUAACGCGUUAGUAACGGUAUCAAAUUGCCACUUGGCCCUCUGUUCAUAGCUUGUAUAAAAUGAUCAAAUUCGUAGUAAUUAAGGUCGUUAUAUUGUUUUGUAAACUUUUAUAGCAAUAAAAAGUGGCUUAUUCGCUUAACGAUACCUAAAGUUUAUUUAAUUAACUAAAUAAGACGGGCUCGAUUGAGUAAUAUAUAAGCAAUGUAAACAACUACAGAGUAAAAUGGACUUAAUGCACUUGUAUUUUUAAGUUGAAAAUAGUUAGCUUACUCCAGGUCCCUUAAAACUUUAUUGUAUCAGGCAUGGAUUUAUAGUUUUUAGGGGUUCCGUAGUCCACAAGGAACCCUUAUAGUUUCGCCAUGUCCGUCUGUCUGUCUGUCCGUCCGCGGUGUACCUCUAGCUCUAGUGAAUUACUAGACUAACUCUACUAAAAUACUAAAGAGACUAUUACUACUAGAAAGCUGUAAUCUAGCAUAAAUACGUAAAUUAAAAAUGUCGACAAAGUCAUAAAAUAUAAUCUUUAAAAUAUAUAUAUUUUAAUUUACAUUUUAUGAAUAAGAAAUAGGUAACCUUACAUGUAAAGUGGGGAUGAUUUUUUUUUUACUCAUUUGUUAGUGUGGGCAGUUGUUGGUUAGGUCUUUAAAAAUGUGGUGGGUCUAUCAAACACUAUUUUUCACUAGUGAAAAUUUUUUAAAAGAGAGAAAAACUAAAUAUUUCUUAGCCCGAAUCAGGACUUGAACCCCGAACUUCUUGACCCAAAACCACAUACAGUAACCUGGAGUUCCACAUACAGUAACUGGAGUACCAGAAAUAAAAAAGAAGUUCAUUUUACUCUGAAGGAAAAGAAAAGAAAAGGGAAGGGACCCUUUAUGCGUAGUUACAGUGUAGUUAUGACCAAGUAUUGGUUACGUUACAAAUACAAGACGAAAGUAGGUAUAACUGCAAGCUGUUAGGGCCGGUGUAUAUCUGGCGAAACGCAGCGAGUUGCAGUUAAUAUAGAUAUUUUAUAUCCUCUUAGUUCGUUUGAAGUAGACGACAACGUCUCCGUGGCGUAGUGGUAUGCGCGGUGGAUUUACAAGAUGGAGGUCCUGGGUUUGAUCCCCGGCUGGGCGGAUUGAGGUUUCUUAAUUGGUCCCGACUUGUGGUAGGUACCGGCAAAAACGUACCGUCAAGCGAUUUACCGUUCCGGUACAAUGACGUGUAGAAACCAAAAGGGCUGUGGAUUUUUAUCCUCUAUAUAUAAUAGUUAGCCCGCUUCCAUCUUAGAUUGCAUUAUCAAUUACCGUCAGGUGAGAUUCAAAGGCUAACUUGUAAAGAAUAAAAAAAAUAACAAAAUAGUACAAUCUACUACCGCCAACAGAAUCUCUAGCUACAAUUUUUUUCUUAAAUCAAUAAAUUCAAAUGGUUGUUUAACCACAAAUGCGUCAAUUUUUCACUUGCCAGAUAUGCAUCGGCCCUUAAUGGCCGUUUAAUUUUGAUUAUACUUGACCAGCAUAAUGGGGAACCUAGUCUAAAAAUACCUAAUUAGAAAAGAACCAAGACUAACCACUAAGUAACCACCGUAUAAACUGUUUUUGUAUAAAGAUUUUAUUUAUAUUGUACAGCAAUAAAAAUAUCGUAAAAAAAACCAUAAGGCGUUGUGCAGACGUAGACACUUUCUUAGUAAUAUGCAAUCAAAUUAUUUUUGAUUAGCGACUUGGUUUUGCAAUUAUUUGUACUUUUUAUUUAUUUAAUGUUCUAAAAUCUAAAUUAAACUGUUAACAACGUACAUUACAUACACUAAUUAAAUAUUGUAAAGGCGAAAGUUUUUGUGUUUGUUUGUUUCUCUUUCACACCGCGAUUACUGUACCGAGUUAGCUGUUUAGAUUGGAGAUAGAUUAUAGCUUGGAUUAACACAUUGGAUACUUUUUAUUGAAAGUAGCCCAUGUGUUAAUCUAGGUUAAAAAUCCAUAGUUCCUGCGGUAUUUGUGAAAAAUAGAAAAAAAACAUUAACAGUAAGAUAUGGAUUUUAUUAAUAUGAGCCACUGACGAUCAAGUAAUCUCACAUGCCUGCUGGGCUAACGGCUUGACAGCCGAUAAAACUGACUUUUGUUUGUCGCUAUGUCCAUGACAUCAUGCCUAUCGUGAACAACACGAUCAUUUUUUUCUGACGUCAAGCCGCUAGCGCUGCAGGCAUGUGAGAGAGAGGCUUGAUCGUCAGUGACUGAGAUAAGGGAAAAUUUAACGCUUCCUGCGUCCACGCUAGGUACAUUUUUUCGUUGUGACAGUAAAAUUAUUAUUGUAGAGGGUAGUUAGAAAGUGUCUACGUUUGUACCUACGAUGCUACUACUCAUAAAGUAUAAGAAACGAUGUCUUACAAAGUCAUCAGAAUUCAGUUCGUAAACUGAACUGAAUUGAAAGAACUAAAAGUACCUACUUCCCAGUACCUAAUGGGUUUUUGGAUCACGUAUUACAUGUUUUUGAGAUGUUGCAGUUGCGAAUGAUGACUUACAGUGGAAUUCAAAAAUGUUGUGGGGGCGCCCUCAGGGGAUCGUUCACCCGCUGAGUGUCGAAUUUAAAGUAUGCGUUUGAGAAUUCAACACUCAGCGGGUGAAUGGUCCCCUAGGGGUGAACCUGUAACGUCCGUGAAUUCCACUGUUUGAGUUUGGCUAAUGAAAGUAGAGACUAAAAUCGAUCGGCAAAUUUAAAACAAAAUGGAGGGCGUUACCAAAACUAUAGUGCAAAUAUUUAAAUAAAUAUUUGUUAUUUGGAAUUGAAAUAUUUUUCAAUAUGUAAUAAUGUUCUCAUAUGGUUUUUUAAAAAAGAUUAGUAGAUUUUUUUUUAUUUGCUAGACGAUUUUAGUCUCUACUUUCAGUAGCCAAACUCAAACAUGUUAAAUCACCAAGGUGCUAGUGCUAAUUGACCAUGAAUAGGUUGACUGCUUUGUAAAUUGACCCAAAUUGUAAAUCUACCCCGAGAUCUUCCUGUUUAUAGAAUACAACUAUAGAGACGAUAAAAAGUAUGAUUGUCAAUUUAGUUGAGUUCUGUAUACAAUCGAAUCGCCGUGAAAAACGUAUUUUAUAUAGUGUAUGAUAUUAACUUUAAUAAAAUAUAAGUAUCAAAAAAUCA